UGGUUCUUCCGCUGGAUUUCUUCUCACAGCUCAGAGUGCAGCAGCUACAAACGCAGCAGCUACAAUGGAGGCGGAAGAAAGUGGGAAGCAGCAGAUGGCAACAGCUGGAUUCGAUUCCUUCGAAGAUUCUGCAGCGGCAGGUCAUGCUGCAGUCACAGCACCAGCUGCAAACAUGGCAUCACCUGCCGCUGGUGUUGUUGGUUCCGCAACUGCUGAGAGUGACUCUGGGAUGGUUCCACCAGUGGCAGAGACGUCUGUGUCUUCCGUGAUUGCGGGAAUGUCAAUGGGAGGAUUUAUGGACGAUGCCGAGGAGGAUAAUGACGAUUGGGGCGACUUUGAGUCAUGA